AGUGUGUGUAUGACGCCACGUCCGGCACGCGGCGGAACUAGUCUUCCUCUGCUUCCGCGGCGGGGCCGGAAGUGGAAGAGGUGGUGGCGGCGGCCCAAAGCGGAGGGAAGGGGGAAGACAGGGAACCCCGGGAGCCGGAGCCGGAGUUGCCGCGGCGGAGACCCCUGUGCGGUGCGGAGGGGGCGGCGGCCCCGGCUCUGACCCGCGCCGGGGGGUGGGCCAUGGCGGAGAUCAGCGACCUGGACCGGCAGAUCGAGCAGCUGCGGCGCUGCGAGCUCAUCAAGGAGAGCGAAGUUAAGGCCCUGUGCGCUAAGGCUAGAGAGAUCUUGGUGGAGGAGAGCAACGUGCAGAGGGUGGACUCGCCAGUCACAGUAUGCGGUGACAUCCAUGGACAAUUCUAUGACCUCAAGGAGCUGUUCAGAGUGGGAGGCGACGUCCCUGAGACUAACUACCUCUUCAUGGGGGACUUUGUGGAUCGUGGUUUCUACAGCGUCGAAACGUUCCUCCUGCUGCUGGCACUUAAGGUUCGCUAUCCUGACCGCAUCACCCUGAUCCGGGGCAACCACGAAAGCCGUCAGAUCACCCAGGUCUACGGCUUUUAUGACGAGUGUCUGCGCAAGUACGGCUCGGUGACCGUGUGGCGCUACUGCACUGAGAUCUUUGACUACCUCAGCCUGUCGGCCAUCAUCGAUGGCAAGAUCUUCUGUGUGCACGGGGGCCUUUCCCCCUCCAUCCAGACACUGGACCAGAUCCGGACAAUUGACCGAAAGCAAGAGGUGCCUCAUGACGGGCCCAUGUGUGACCUGCUCUGGUCCGACCCUGAAGACACAACAGGCUGGGGCGUGAGCCCCCGUGGGGCUGGCUACCUAUUUGGCAGUGACGUGGUGGCCCAGUUCAAUGCAGCCAACGACAUUGACAUGAUCUGCCGCGCCCACCAACUAGUGAUGGAAGGUUACAAGUGGCACUUCAACGAGACUGUACUCACUGUGUGGUCGGCACCCAACUACUGCUACCGCUGUGGGAAUGUGGCAGCCAUCUUGGAGCUGGACGAGCAUCUCCAGAAAGAUUUCAUCAUCUUUGAGGCCGCUCCCCAAGAGACACGGGGCAUCCCCUCCAAAAAGCCCGUGGCUGACUACUUCCUGUGACCCCUCUGGCCCCUGCCCCCUCCAGCCCCUCUGGCCCCUGGACCACUGUGACUCUGCCCUCUUCAGACGAAGGCUGGGGGGCUGUCCCCGGCUAUGCUGUCCCCCCAAAAGAGGGCACUUCGCGGGUGAGGACUUUUCUGGAGAGGCUUGGAGCCUUGGCUCCAUGUUCCUCCUCCCGUGUCUCCCCACUUGAACCGUGAAGUUUCCAAUAAUUUUGUUUUUCUUUUUUUUUCUUUUUUUUUUGUUUGUUUUUAGAUAAAAAUUUUGAGAAGAAAAAAAAAAAAGAAAAAAAUCUAAUAAAAGAAGAAAAAUGGU